AUGGAUGGGCGCACGCAGAGGACGCACGGGAGGGGAGCAGGCAAGUCUCGUCUCACACUCUUUCCUCUUUUUGGCGCCAUAUCAUCUCCGCAACUGCCGGCUUCCGACUCCCCAGUUUCCCCUCCUCCAAACCCUUCACCGCUCUCGGCGCCGACUGCCGAUUCCUCAGUUUCCCCUCCCCAAACCCUUCACCGCUCUCGUCUCCUCAGUUCCGCCGCCGCCGCCAUGGCUUCGUCCCCCUGCGACAUCGCCCUCAAGGCAGCCCUCGGCGGCCAACUCCGCCUCCUCAAGAGAAUGGCCAAGAAGGUGGAUCUCCGGCGAGCCAAGGACGAUAAAGGGCAAACCGCACUUCAUUUCGCUGCGGCCAAGGGGUGCCUGGACAGCUGCAAGUUCCUGGUGGAGGAAUCAGGGCUUGAUGUCGAUUCCGCCACGAAAACAGAUGUGACACCGAUGUUCUACGCCGCAUUUGGGGGAAAUGUCGAGGUUAUGAGGUACCUUCUCGACCGCGGCGCAGACCCAUCCACGGCCGAUGACAGGGGCUCUGUGUCAUUGCACAAUGCAGCAGAGGAAGGACACUGCGAGGCUGUGAGGCUAUUGCUGUUGAAAGGGGUUCAUGUGGAUCCUAUGGAUCAUCGGGGCACACCAUUACACUUGGCGGUUGCAAAGGACCAUGUUGAGGUUGUGAAGGUUCUGCUGGAGCAUGGUGCUAAUCCCAACAGAGUGGCUAAUCACGUCUUUUCACCACUCAUGAUGGCCGUCUGUGGAAAGGCCUUGAAAUGCAUGAAGCUACUGAUUGAGGCUGGCGCUGAUGUGAAUGUUCAUGGUUACUCUGGACCAACUCCUUUAACGGAGGCAGUUGAUGAUGGCUUAAUGGACUUUGUCAUGAUUUUACUAGAGGCUGGAGCCGACGCUAACAUCCCUAACCAGCAUGGCGCAGUUCCAAUUGAGCUAGCAGCAGCUCGUGGUCAACGUGAGCUUGUUGAAAUUCUGUUUCCUAAGACAAAACCCAUUCCAUCUCAGCCAGUUUGGAGCGUUAAUGGGAUAAUGAAUACUGCAAGAUCACCACGUAUCAAGCAUCAGGACGCAUCUUCUGUGGAACAACGGAUAGCUGAUUUGAAGUCACGAGGAAAGGAAGCAUUUGGAAAGGAAGACUAUAUUACAGCGAUGUACUUCUAUGGCCUGGUAAUGGAUAUAGACCCACUUGAUGCCACCAUGUUUGCUAACCGGAGCCUCUGCUGGCUGCGGAUGCGAGAAGGGGACAGAGCUUUGGAAGAUGCACGGCAAUGCAUAAUGAUGCGGCCCCAUUGGUCCAAGGCAUGGUACCGUGAGGGCAAAGCUCUCAGUUUCAUGAAGACGCGUUCCUGA